AUGACCAGUGGACAGGGCUCUCCGCUGGCGCACGCAGGCUGCCUCUCCAGACUCUUCCUCUGCUGGUUGUCUCCGUUACUGGGACUGGGAAAAAAGCAGCGUUUGGAGGAGAACGACAUGUACAGUGUUCUUCAAGAGGAUUCCUCUGAAACUCUGGGAAAAGAGCUCCAAAAUUUAUGGGACUGUGAAGUCAGAAGAUCUAAGAAACAACUCUGUGAGCCCAGUCUGACCUCUGUGAUUGUGCGGUGCUACGGGGCGUCCUUUUCUAAGGCUGGACUCUUUGUCUUGUCUUUGGAAUGUAUCAAAGUCAUCCAGCCUCUUUUGUUGGGGAAAAUAAUUGAAUUCUUUGAGAAUUAUGACCCCAGAGACGAGCACAGCCUGUCGCUGGCAUACGCAUAUACAGCUGCCAUCUCUCUGUCCACGUUUGGCCUGACGAUCCUUCAGCAUCUGUACUACUACCACACCCAGAGGAUUGGGAUGAGGAUCAGAGUGGCUUUGUGUCACAUGAUCUUCAAGAAGGCUCUUCGACUCAGCAGCGAAUCCGUUGGAAGAACCACAACUGGCCAAAUCGUGAACCUGCUCUCGAAUGACGUGAACCGGUUCGAUGAGAUCACUCUGAACCUGCACUACCUGUGGCUCGGCCCUCUUCAGGCUGUGGUCAUCCUGGUGUUGUUGUGGUAUGAGAUCGGUCUGUCCUGUCUCGCUGGAGUCGUCAUCGUGCUGCUCAUGCUGCCUGUACAGACCUGGUUUGGGAAGCUCUUUGGCCUCUUCAGGAGCAAAUCUGUGAUCUUAACAGACCAUCGAAUCCGGAUAAUGAACGAGGUUGUGACUGGCAUCAGGAUCAUAAAGAUGUACGCCUGGGAGAUGCCGUUCUCUGCUCUCCUCACCGAUGUUAGAAAAAAGGAAAUUGGUGAAAUCAUGAAGAGCUCCUACCUCCGCGGUCUCAACAUGGCCUCCUUCUUUGCCAGCAGCAAGAUCAUUGUCUUCUUCACAUUCAUGACUUACUCUCUUUUGGGGAACGCCAUCACAGCCAGCAGCGUCUUCGUCACCGUGUCGCUGUAUGGGACCAUCAAACUCACCGUGACGCUGUUCUUUCCUCUGGCUGUAGAGAAGGUCUCUGAAACUCGCGUCAGCAUCUCCAGGAUCAGGAAUUACCUGCUGCUGGAAGAGGUUGAGAGACUUGCCGUUUUAUCUCCAGGAGAGAAAGAUUUCCUUGUUGAACUUGACAACGUCACAUGCUACUGGGAUAAGACUGUGGACGCGCCGUCGCUGCAGAAUGUCUCCAUCUCUGUGAAGCCGCAGCAGCUUCUGGCUGUCAUUGGACCAGUGGGAGGCGGAAAGUCCUCUCUGCUCAGUGCCAUCAUGGGGGAACUUCCUGGUGAUGCCGGAGAGCUGACAGUCAGAGGAACACUGGCAUACGCCUCUCAGCAGCCCUGGGUCUUUCCAGGAACAAUCCGCAGCAACAUCUUGUUUGGGAAAGAGCUGAACCUUCAGAAGUACGAGAGGGUCAUCAAAGCCUGUGCGCUAAAGAGGGACAUGGAACUGCUCCCUGAUGGAGACUUGACUUUAAUUGGAGACAGAGGAGCCACUCUGAGCGGAGGGCAGAAGGCACGGGUCAACCUGGCCAGAGCCGUGUAUCAGGAUGCCGACAUCUACCUCUUGGACGACCCGUUAAGCGCCGUUGAUGCAGAGGUUGGAAAGUUUCUCUUUGAUCACUGCAUCAAAGGAUUACUGAAGCACAAGUGCCGCAUCCUGGUCACUCACCAGCUGCAGUAUCUGAAAGGAGCAGACCACAUCGUUGUUCUUAAGGAGGGUAUCAUAAUGGCCCAGGGCACGUACACGGGCCUGAAUCGAUCCGGGUUUAACGUGGUGUCUCUCCUGAAGAGCAACGAGGACCUGUUGUCUCGUGCCGUUGAGCCAGACAAGCAUUCUAUCAAGAGUCGAACCACAAACCACUCCAACAACUCUCACAGCAGCCUCCUGCAGCAAGACAGCAAUGCGCUCCCAGUUGAAACGGUUCACACCAUGACAGAGGAAACCCGAGUGGAGGGAAAUGUCAGCAGCGAGGUGUAUGUGCGCUACUUCACUGCCGGCUGCAGCUGCCUGGUUCUCCUGGUCAUCGUUCUGCUCAGUGUCGCAGCUGAGGCUGCGUACAUCCUGCAGGACUGGUGGCUGGCCAACUGGUCUAACGGGCAUGAGAAGAACACGACCGAGCGCAUUUCAAAAAUGAGCAACCACACGGCGCCACAUCAAGAAAAAGAUCUGAAUUUCUACCUGGGCGUGUACUCAGGUUUGACCGUCGCUGCCGUGUUCUUCGGAUACGCCCGGAGUUUAGUGCUGUUCCAUGGUUUGGUGCGGUCCUCACAGAGCCUCCACAACAGCAUGUUCAGUGUGGUGCUGCGGUGUCCGGUGCGAUUCUUCGACGUCAACCCCAUUGGAAGGAUUCUCAACAGAUUUUCCAAAGACAUCGGACAAAUGGACUCCACGUUGCCCAUAACUUUUGUGGAUUUUUAUCAGUUAUGUCUGCAGAAUGCUGGAGUGGUCGCCGUGGCUGCGUCCGUCAUCCCUCUCAUCCUGGUCCCAGUCGUGCUUCUUCUUCUACUGUUUUUGUAUUUGAGACGUUUCUACCUCCAGACCUCGCGGGACAUUAAACGCCUCGAGGCCACCACCCGUAGCCCAGUGUUCUCGCACCUGUCCUCGUCUCUUCAUGGCCUGUGGACGAUCCGCGCCUUCAAAGCCACCGACAGAUUACAGAGGCAGUUUGAUUCUUACCAAGAUGUUCACACAGGGACGUGGUUCCUGUACUUGAUGACGUCUCGUUGGUUCGCUCUUCGACUCGACGGCAUUUGCUCAAUAUUCAUCACGGUGACUGCCUUUGGCUGCCUGCUGCUCAGAGACGGUCUGCGAGCGGGAGAGGUGGGUCUGGUGUUGACCUACGCGAUGACUCUGGUGGGAAACUUCCAGUGGACGGUCCGACAGAGCGCCGAAGUGGAGAACAUGAUGACGUCGGUGGAGCGAGUGGUGGAAUACGCAAAGCUGGAGAGUGAGGCAUCAUGGGAAACUGAGAAGAAGCCUCCUCCUGAUUGGCCGAGCAGAGGCUCGGUCACAUUCAACAACGUGAACUUCAGCUACAGCGAAGACGGGCCUCUGGUGUUGAAAGACCUGAGCUUCAGCCUGCGGCCCAGUGAGAAGGUGGGGGUGGUGGGCAGGACGGGGGCCGGGAAAAGCUCCCUGGUGUCAGCUCUGUUUCGUCUCUCGGAGCCAAAGGGGAAAAUUUACAUUGACGGAAUCUUGACGUCAGAACUCGGCCUCCACGACCUGCGCCAGAAGAUGUCCAUCAUCCCUCAGGAUCCUGUGCUGUUCAGUGACACUGUGAGAAAGAACCUGGAUCCUUUUUGUCAAAAUUCUGAUGAGGACCUGUGGAACGCUCUUGAAGAGGUGCAGCUGAAGGCGGUGGUGGAGGAGCUCCCUGGGCGCCUGGACACUCUUCUGGCAGAGUCUGGCUCUAACUUCAGUGUGGGCCAGCGGCAGCUCGUGUGUUUGGCUCGUGCUGUUCUGAGGAAGAACCGCAUCCUGGUCAUAGACGAAGCCACUGCUAACGUCGACCCCAGGACAGACGAGUUGAUCCAGAAAACAAUCCGAAAAAAGUUUAGUGAUUGUACCGUGGUGACCAUCGCCCACCGCCUCAACACCAUCAUUGACAGUGACAGAAUAUUAGUGCUGCACAACGGUGUAAUCCAGGAGUUGGACAGUCCCUCUGCUCUGCUGCAAAACCCAGAGGGACUCUUCUCCAAGAUGGUGCAGCAGCUGGGUCCAGCGGAGGCUUCAGCCCUGAUCCAGGCAGCAACGCAGGUCUUUAACACUUUAUUUCUCAAUGGAACUCUGGAUAAGGCUCUUUUUAACAUGAAAGUGUUUUAUUCCAAGCAGAAUUAA